AUGGGGUGUAUUUUAAGAUCAUUACUGACGGAUGAACAGCAGAAAAAACUUCGUCCAUGGCUCGUGGCUCGUAAAGAAGUAGAAUCCAUGGAAUUAGUUGGAGAAGAUACCUGUUGCAAAGUUGAUGUUGUUGCUUUCAUCGAAGAAGCUUUAGUACUGUCAGAGUGUCGUCAUCGAAAUGUGGUAGGUUUAAUGGCUGUGACGGUUGACCUUAACCUGCAGCUUCCAGUUAUUGUGUUCCCUUACAUGCAGAACGGGGAUCUUCAGAGCUAUCUCCGGCGGAAACAAGAACAGCAAGAACAAUUUCAACAGGAAGACGUUCUACUGAUGAAACGCCAUCUAUUGUUCAGUCUGCAUAUUGCUAACGGAAUGAAGUAUAUAACAGAGAUGGGUUACAUUCAUAGGGAUCUGGCCACACGUAAUUGUAUGUUGGACGAAUAUUUCGUGGUAAAAAUUGGAGACUUUGGUCUAGCACAGACAGUUUCUGCUAAUAGUUCCAUGAAAACAUCCCGACAGCGGUGUAUGCCUAUUCGUUGGAUGGCUCCAGAAAGCAUGCGUUGUGGAGAAUUCUCUGAGAAGUCUGAUGUGUGGUCUUACGGUGUCACCAUUUGGGAGAUUCUAACCUUGGCCAAGACCCCCUACUUCGACCUGGCGAACAUUGAAAUAUUACCCUUUCUGACGUCUGGAAAUAGACUCAGUCGCCCAACCGUUUGUCCAGAUAACAUUUACACAGUGAUCCAACGCUGUUUUGAGGAAAAUCCUAACGACAGACCAGGAUUUUCAGAGAUCGUGCAGUACUUAGAAGAUUACAUAACUCUCACAUCAGGUUACCUUAACCUCCAGUCUUCAAGUUCUUGUCCAGAUACUUGUCCUAUUUAGCUCGAG